UUACAAUAAAAGAGAGAAAUAUCAAUAAUAGUAACAAGUACAGCUACCAGUCUCUCUAUGUGUGGAUGAGAGGUGUUCGGUGAUGGAGCAGAAGAAGAAGAUGGAAGCUCCACUUCUGGGCAAUCAUGGGUUGGUCAACGAUAACAGGAAGAGUUGGAGCAAGGCUCUGCGGUUCCUUCUUGCAGUUAUAGCCCUCACAAUUGUAGGCCUUGUACUCAGUGGUGGCGGCUUAAGUUCUUGGGUACUAGGAGGAGGAAACAAGUAUGAUAAGAGAGCUGGAGCCAAUGAAACUGCUGACAUUGUUGAGUCAGAUCAGGGUGUUGUUGCUGCUGAUGAUGGUCGAUGCUCGGAAAUUGGUGUAUCCAUGCUUCGGCAGGGCGGGCAUGCUGUCGAUGCGGCAGUGGCCACCGCAUUGUGCCUUGGUGUUGUUAAUCCGAUGGCUAGUGGGUUUGGAGGUGGGGGUUUCAUGAUUGUCCGGUCUUCUUCAACAUCACAGACACAAGCUUUUGACAUGAGGGAAACUGCUCCAUCAGCAGCUUCACAGAAUAUGUAUGAGAAUAACCCCAAAUCCAAAGCUUUUGGUGCACUUGCAAUGGGAGUUCCUGGAGAGAUAGCAGGCCUUCACAAAGCUUGGUUGCAACAUGGGCGUUUGGCAUGGAAGACUUUAUUCAAACCAGCCAUAGAACUUGCUAGAGAUGGAUUUACGAUUGCUCCUUAUCUCAGACAACACAUAACUAAGAGUGCAGAGAUGAUCAUGAAUGACCCGGGUUUACGACAGGUGUUUGCGCCAAAUGGGGAGCUGUUGCAAGAGGGUGAUACAUGCUAUAAUGUGGAACUUGGCCACAGCUUAGAGGCAGUGGCAGAGCAGGGGCCACAAGCUUUCUACAAUGGAACCGUUGGUGAGAAAUUAGUGAAGGAUGUGAGAGAGGCAGGUGGAAUUUUGACAAUGGAGGAUUUAAGGAAUUAUAGAGUGGAUGUAAUGGAUGCCAUGGCUACGAAUGUAUCAGGCUACACCAUAAUUGGAAUGCCCCCUCCUUCAAGUGGAACACUCGGUCUUUCUCUGGUUCUAAACAUCUUGGACAGCUAUGGAGAUUCCAAUGCUGCAGAAGGCAGUCUUGGUCUACAUCGCCUUGUUGAAGCAAUAAAACACAUGUUUGCAGUCCGAAUGAAUCUCGGCGACCCUAGAUUUGUUGAAAUAAGUGAAUAUGUAUCAGACAUGCUCUCACCAUCUUUUGCAAAGCAAAUUCAGCAAAAGAUACUUGACAACACCACUUUCCCUCCAGAAUACUAUAUGAGCAGGUGGAGUCAGCUGAGAGAUCAUGGAACCAGUCAUUUCUGCAUUGUGGAUAUAGAUAGAAAUGCUGUAUCAAUGACCACCACAAUAAAUUAUCCUUUUGGAGCUGGGGUGCUCUCUCCUUCUACUGGGAUUGUGCUGAAUAAUGAGAUGGAUGACUUCUCAACGCCCACUGAAAUUACGCCUGACAAACUCCCUCCAGCUCCAGCAAAUUUUAUUCAACCGAAUAAGAGACCAUUAUCUUCCAUGACUCCGAUCAUUGUCAUCAAGGAUAAUCAGCUGGCCGGGGUCAUUGGUGGCAGUGGUGGAAUUAACAUAAUUCCGGCAGUAACCCAGGUUUUUGUAAACCAUUUUAUGUUGGGGAUGGGACCAUUAGAUGCAGUUCAGAAUCCAAGAAUUUACCACAAGCUAAUACCCAAUGUGGUUUUUUAUGAAAACUGGACUGUGAUUGAUGGCGAUCACAUUGAGCUUGAAGAUGAAAGAAAGAUUUUCUUGAAAGAGAGGGGUCAUCAACUGCAGGCCAGAGCAGGGGGAGCUAUCGUCCAGUUUGCCGUUCAAACUCUCCAAAACCCCAUUAAAAUGGGUCGAAAACAUGGAAAGUAUCAUAAUGACAACAUAUUCCAUGGUACACUUACUGCUGUAUGUGACCCUAGAAAGAACGGGAGGCCCGCGGCCAUUUAGCCAGCACUAUGGCCUCAGAUUGAAAAAAUUCUAAGGGAGGGAGAGAAGCCCUUCUGCCUGGAAUGUUUUCAAGCUUGGCCUCUAAAAUUGUAAAUUGUAAUUCAAAAAUGUUUAGAAAUUCUUUGCAAAUAUCAAUAUCAAGUUGGUCGAUGACCAUUCUGGCUU